AUUGAGAAACUUGAGGCUCAGUCCAAAGCAAAGGACGCGGCUACCAAGAAGCCGUUUGAUGCGGCAAAGGAACUUCGAAUGAUUCUCAUUGGUCCGCCGGGCGCUGGCAAGGGAACACAGGCCCCCGCUAUCAAGGAAAGAUAUAAUGUAUGCCAUCUUGCUACGGGUGAUAUGUUACGGCAACAGGUCGCGGAGAAGACCCCGCUUGGUAUCGAGGCUAAGAAAAUCAUAGAUGCUGGGGGGUUGGUCGGCGAUGAUAUUAUGGUUGGGAUGAUCAAAGAUCAGCUGGAGAACAACAAGGAGUGUCAGCUUGGGUUCAUCCUUGAUGGCUUCCCUCGGACGAUUCCACAGGCGGAAAAGCUUGACUCCGUGCUUUCUUCUCGCAAAGAAAAGCUGGACCACGCCCUCGAACUCAAGGUCGCCGACCAACUGCUUAUUUCUCGUAUUACGGGACGCUUGAUCCACCCGGCCAGUGGACGAACGUAUCAUAAAGAGUUCAACCCGCCCAAAAAGCCGAUGACUGACGAUGUCACUGGUGAACCACUGAUUCAGCGCUCGGAUGACAACGUCGACACCUUGCGGAAGCGUCUUGGGGCAUUCCACAACCAAACCGGCCCAGUCGUGGAUUACUACAAGAAGCAAAACAUUUGGACUGGUAUUGAUGCCGCUCAGAGUCCUAAGGUCGUUUGGUCUAAUAUCCUCAAGGCCCUCGAGUCCAAUCUGAAACCAGGGUCAUAGAGUGUAAUCACUUGUGGGGAUGGCGUGAUAUAUUACAAUGAGAUGGAGCUGUAAUUGCGUAAUGCAUAUAUCUGCUAGACGUUUGGAUGACUGGUCAAGCUCAAACCGUU